CUUGACAAAGGAAAUCUACUGAUGUCCUUCUCUCCAGCGGCCAGGGAAGAGGGCUGGUGUCCCCGACGAGAGCCUUGUUGACCAGCCACAAAGCAAGAACAUCUGUCGUAUGGAAGACAAUGAUUCCUGCAUUUUGGUUGUGCUGCUUGGUACUUCUUUUGCCUACAGAAUCCUGUAGGAUAUUAUGCCAGGCCGCCAGCAAAAGCAAGGAGAAUGUGAUGUCCAGGCCACAUGGUGUCUGUGAUGGUGUCUGUAAGAACAAUGCCACUCCCUGCUUUCAGUCUUGUCCUCCAAACAGUGAGGGCAACAUGAAAUUUGCCUGUAAGGCCAAGAAAUGGCACAAAGUCACUGAGACCUGCCAUACGCUUAAUGCCCACAGCAUCUUUGAGGAGGAUAAGGAAUUAUAUUCAGUACAAUCAUCUGAAUCAACUACACGUACACACAUGUUUCAAAGAGAAUCUAAAACCAUAAUGGAUACAUUGAUGCAAAUGUGUCCAAAGGAUUUGUCUUGUAUGAUCAAAGGCAUUAAGAAUUCUCCUUGGAUGCCGGGGAACAUUGCCGUGGUGGUACAGCUCUUACAUAACAUCUCAACAACGCUAACCAAAGACGUCAAUGAGGAAAAGAUGCAGAGUUACAGCAUCAUAGCCAACCAUAUUCUUAACAGUAAAUGCAUAUCAAAUUGGACCUUCAUCCAAGACAGAAACAGCAGCUGUGUCUUGCUUCAAUCAAUCAAUUCAUUUGCCAGCAAGUUAUUUAUGAAGGACCAUCUCGACAUACCGCAUGUCUUCAUUCAUACCAUGGGUACUGUCGUGUCCAGGGGCAGGCCUGGGAGGAAUUUCACGUUCUCAAUGCGAAUUAAUGAUACGAAUGAUAAUGUCACUGGGAGGGUCCUGCUUAACACUGAAGAGCUUCAGAAGGUACCCUCUGCUUUCCAGGUCAUCAGUAUUGCUUUCCCAACUCUUGGGGCCAUUCUGGAGGCCAGUCUUUUGGAAAAUAUGACCGUGAAUGGGCUCGUCUUGUCUGUCAUUUUGCCUAAGGAGCUUAAAAACAUCUCAUUGAUAUUUGAAAAGAUCAGAAAAUCUGGAGAGAGGAAGUCCCAGUGUGUGGGCUGGCACUCCCUGGAGAGCAGAUGGGACCAGAGCGCUUGUAAAAUGAUUCGAGAAAACUCCCGGCAAGCUGUUUGCCAUUGUCGGCCGAACAAGUUAGUUACUUCUUUCUCCAUUCUAAUGUCUCCCAACACCUUGGAGAGCCCAGUUCUAACUUAUAUCACAUACAUGGGCCUGGGCAUUUCUAUCUGUAGCUUGAUCAUCUGCCUGGCCAUUGAGGCCUUGGUCUGGAGUCAAGUGACAAAGACAGAGAUCUCAUAUUUACGUCACCUCUGCAUCGCUAACAUUGCAGUCACCUUGCUGAUGGCUGAUGCGUGGUUCAUCGUGGCUUCUUUCCUCAGUGGCCCAAUCUUACACCACAAUGGAUGUGUGGCUGCAACAUUCUUCGUUCACUUCUUUUACCUGUCUGUGUUUUUCUGGAUGCUCGCCAAGGCUCUUCUCAUCCUCUAUGGAAUUCUCAUCGUGUUCCACACUCUGCCCAAGUCAUGCCUGGUGGCCUCUCUGUUUUCCGUGGGCUAUGGGUGCCCUUUGAUCAUUGCUGUUAUCACACUUGCUGUUACAGAGCCUGGAAAAGGCUACCUCCGGCCUGAGGCCUGCUGGCUUAACUGGGACACGACCAAGGCUCUCCUGGCCUUUGUAGUCCCAGCUCUGACCAUUGUUGUAGUAAACCUGAUUACAGUCACACUGGUCAUCAUCAAGACUCAGAGAGCUGCCAUUGGUAGUUCCAUGUUCCAGGAAGUAAGAGCCAUUGUGAGGAUCUGUAAGAACAUUGCCAUCCUCACACCAUUGCUGGGGCUGACAUGGGGAUUCGGAAUAGCCACAGUCAUUGAUGGCCGCUCCCUGGUCUUCCAUAUUAUCUUCUCCUUACUCAAUGCACUGCAGGGCUUCUUUAUCUUGCUGUUUGGAACAAUCCUGGAUCCAAAGAUAAGAGAAGCCUUGAAGAGUCGAGUAACGUCUGCCAAGUGGAUCUCCAGAGUAUCAGAGGACCUUUCUUCUGAAUUCUCUUGUCAUCCUACCAAAGGGCCAAGCUAACAAACCAGGAUGCAUCCCUCACAUGGGCGGUUGCUCAUUCCUGGAACGGCAGUGCCCAAGGAAGCAUGCACUUAACUCCUGUCCUCUUGCCACUGGGUACUUUGAAGGAGACCUCCUGUAUUGCAGCACCGAUGGAGGCAGGGUUGACGUGCGUGAAGCAUGAACGCCCCUCUGUCUAAGCUGUUCUGUGUUUCUAAUCAUGUCUUGCCCACCGACUGCAAAUCUAUAUAUGACACACUAAGCAUCCUCAAGGGACAAGAAGACAAUAUGGGUCACAGCAACAGGGUCUCACAGGGGCCUUCAUCUUCGUAUUGCUGGGUCACACUGAUCUCCAGGGCAAGAGCUCUGCUUAUCCCAGCAAAGGUGGCCUAGGAUGCCCUGUGUGGGAUUCUACAGGAGGCCCCUGAAGAAGAGUCACCAACAGUUGCAUUGACUCUAUGCAGCUCACCACUGGUUCUCAUACAGAAGGCAUCCGCUGGCCAGUAUUUUCUACUUUUUCAAGGUCAAAGGCAAUUGAUUAGAUGAUCAGCUUGGCUUGGACUUGGAUGUAACUUCUUUGACAGAGAACCAAGUGAAAACCGUAGAGUGUCUGAGUCGGACAUGAUGCCUGUUUUAAGAUGAGAUGGAAGCCUGGAACUGUGAGCCACAGCUCUGCCGUCCUGAGCCAACUCAAUUGGCUUUCCUUGCUCCACUUUGUCUCCUAGAGCAUGGGGCCUCUGAGGGCCCCAUUUUCAGAUAAAUUGCUUACAUUUUCAGAUAGGGGAGGUUUCUGAAACCUGGAUGUGGGAGAGGAAAUAUAUUUCAAGUACAGUGCUGUUCAUUUUCCUAGCUGUAUGUAAACACAUUCAACAUUCAAAGCAGAUGUCACCCAACAGAGCAAUGCUAGUGGGGGGGAGGGUAGAAGCCCUCCUCAAAACAAGCACACAGGCAGCUGCCCCUGAAGAAAACAGGGACUAAAGAUAAAGGGGCACAGACAUAUGGUCCAAGCCAUCCCAUGGAAGCCAGUAUUAUUGAUGUUCUAUUACAGAUGGGAGGUUAGGCAUGGUGGGCACCAUUAGAAUCCUCGCACUUGGGAUACAGGGACUCAGAGAACUGCUAUGAGUUCGAGUCCACCUUGGUUUAGUUUAUAUGGUUAAUGGUAGAUGGGCCAAAGCUAAAGGGUAAGAUCUUGUUUAAUAAAGCAAUCUAACGCCCCUUC